UCUGUUUUUCUCUUUCUUUUAGGGUUUCCCGUUCUCUCUGUUUCUCAAGGUUUUUCAAAAUCAAACAAUGGGGGAUUCGGGUUACCCCGAUACUAUCCCAAGGCCUCUUCCUAAUCCAUUGAUGGGUGGAAUUAUUAAGAAAAUCCAUGUUGAGAAUUUCAUGUGUCAUACAAGCUUAGAUAUUGAACUUGGCGAAUGUGUUAAUUUCAUCACUGGCCAAAACGGAAGUGGGAAAAGUGCUAUUUUGACUGCUUUGUGUGUUGCUUUUGGUUCUACGGCGAAAGGAACACAAAGGGCUGCGACAUUGAAGGAUUUUAUAAAGACUGGAUGCAGUUAUGCUCUUGUUUGCGUUGAAAUAAAAAAUCAAGGUGAAGAGGCUUUUAAACCAGAGAUCUAUGGCGAUGUUAUUAUUGUCGAGCGUAGAGUCACGGAAUCCAGUGGCUCCACUAUUGCCUUGAAAAACCAUCAAGGAAAAAAGGUUGCUUCAAGGAGAGCUGAUGUCAUGGAAAUAGUAGAGCAUUUUAAUAUUGAUGUGGAGAAUCCAUGUGUUAUAAUGAGUCAAGACAAAAGCCGAGAGUUCUUGCAUUCGGGAAAUGACAAAGAUAAAUUCAAGUUUUUUUUUAAGGCUACACUUCUUCAACAAGUACAUGAUCUGCUGCAUAAUAUCGACGAUCAGCUAUAUACUGCUAACGCCCAGGUUGAGGAAUACGAGUCAUCAAUAAGACCCAUAAUGAAAGAGCUCAAUGAGUUGAAAGCGAAGAUUAAAAGCAUGGAACAUGUUGAAGAAAUAUCCCAUAAGAUAAAACAGCUAACGAAGAAACUUGCUUGGGCCCAUGUGUAUCAUGAGGACAGGAUGGUUCAGGAACAAACUGCCAAGCUGGAGAAGUUAAAAGAGCGUAUACCCGCAUGCCAAGCCAAAGUCGAUCGACAAUUGGGUAAGGUGAAGGAAUUGAAGGAACACCUUGCAGAGAAGAGAAAUCAAAUUGCACAUAUGAUGGAAAAGACAACAGAAUUCCAUAGAUUGAGGGACGAGCUGCAACAAGAUCUUACUUUGGUUGCUAAAUCAAAACACGAGCUUGAAGAGGAACAUACCCGCAAAAGAAAUCAUAUCCAGAAAUUGGUCAAGCGUGUUAGUUCGCUUGAGAAGCAAAUUUAUGAAUUCCAAGAGCAACAUGUUAAAAAUACUCAGGUUGAAGAAAGUGAGCUGGAGGAACAAUUGAAGGCACACCAGGAUGAAUUUGAUGCAGCCACUGCAUGUAUUACAAGAUUAAAGGAGGAAGAAAAUGCCUUAACUGAAGAGGUUUCAAUGACCAUGCGAAUGGUCGAUCAAUAUGUUCGUGAGAUUCAAGAAGCUGAAAGCAAGCGCCGUGAUAUUCUUGCUGAUAUAAGUGAGCUUCGCCAGCGCAAUACGAACAAGGUGACAGCCUUCGGAGGAAAUAAAGUGAUUCAACUUUUACAAGUAAUUGAGAGGCGCCAUAGAGAUUUCAAAAUACCUCCAAUUGGUCCCAUUGGGGCUCACUUGAACCUUGUUGGUGGGGAUAGGUGGGCCCUGGCUGUUGAAACUGCAGUUGGGAUGUGGUUCAAUGCUUUCAUCGUAACGGAUCAUGAAGAUUUUCUGCGUUUACGAGAAUGUGCUCGAGAAAUAAACUACAACCUUAAGAUUCUCAUAUAUGAUUUCUCUAGACCUAGGUUGAAUAUUCCAGAUAACAUGCUCCCCCAAACUAAUCAUCCUACUGUUCUUUCAGUCUUGCAAUCUGACAAUCCUACUGUACUAAAUGUCUUGGUGGAUAUGGGUCAUGCUGAGAGACAAGUUCUUGUGAUUAACUAUGAAGCGGGUAAAUCAGUGGCUUUUGACCAGAGGAUCCCUAACCUGAAGGAGGUUUUUACAUCAGAUGGGACCAAAAUGUUCUCCCGGGGUUUGGUUCAGACUACUCUUCCUCCUAACAAAUGGAUAAGGUCUGGACGACUUUGUGGCUCAGUUGAUGGUCAAAUUGAUAGUUUUGAGGAAGAAGCAUCAAAAAUCCAGGAUAAAGUUAGACAAGGUCAAGUGAGGAAGAGAGAUGUGGAGGGUAGCCUUCAGGAUCUUCAGGGGAGACUAAACGCUGUGAAAAGGAGACGUCUUAAUGCCGAGAGGGAUUUAACGUCAAAGGAAUUAAAAUUGCAAGAUUUGAAGGAUUCAUGUAAUUCAUAUGCCGCGGAACCUAGUUCGUCUUCUGCUAAUGUUAAUGAGCUUCGCGAAGAAAUCUUGAAAAUCGACGAGGAAAUAAAAGAAAAGGAAGUGUUCUUAGAGAAACUUCAAGAUAGAAUCAAGGAGGCUACGGAAAAAGCCAAAGAAGUGAAACCAUCAAUUAGAAACUUAAGUGAGUCCGCGAAAGGGGAUAUUGAUGCUUUAGAUAGAGCCGGACAAGAGCUGAUCAGAUUGGAGGAUGAACUGAUUACUGAAGAAAGGGCGAAGUCUCACUAUGAAGGGCUCAUGCAUAGUAAGGUCCUUCCUGAUAUUGAAGAAGCUGAAAAAACUCGCCAGCAGCUUCAGAGCAAACUUCAGGAGAAUAUUAAGAAGGCAUCCAAUUUUUGUGCUGAGAGUGAAGUUGAAGCUUUGGGAGGCUGUGCAGGAGAAACACUUGAGCAACUUAGUGCCCAUUUAAAUAAACUAACGCAGAGACGUGAACAAGAGAGUCAGCGAUAUUCUGAGUCGAUUGAUGAUCUAAGAGCAUUGCAUGAGAAGAAAGAGCGCAAAAUAAUACGAAAGAAACAAACUUACGAAGCUUUUCGUGAGAAGUUGGAUGCAUGUCAGAAAGCCCUUCAGCUGCGUAAGAGCAAAUUCGAUAGAAACGCUAGCUUUCUAAAGCGUCAGUUGACUUGGCAGUUCAAUAAACAUUUAACAAACAAAGGAAUCAGUGGGAACAUUAAGCUUAGUUAUGAAGAGAAGACACUUGCGCUGGAAGUGAAGAUGCCCCAAGACACGUCCAACAACAAUGUUCGUGAUACUAGGGGGCUUUCAGGUGGUGAGCGCUCUUUCUCUACUUUAUGCUUUGCACUAGCUCUCCAUGAUAUGACUGAAGCUCCAUUUCGAGCAAUGGACGAGUUUGAUGUAUUUAUGGAUGCUGUUAGCCGGAAGAUAAGCUUAGACACUCUUGUGAAGUUCGCUGUUGAACAUGGUGCCCAAUGGAUAUUUAUUACCCCUCAUGAUAUCAGCAUGGUAACACCGGGAGAGAGAGUUAAGAAGCAGCAGAUGGCUGCUCCUCGUUCCUAAUUUCCUGGAAAUGGUGGUUAGCGCUGUACAUAGUUUAACCAACUGGAGUGAUUUGUAUAUCUUCGUCUGAAUUAGUCUUUUUUGUUGGUAAUAUAUACUGGAACAUCUUGAAGAUCGAAUAUCCGAUUUCCUUUUGUGAAUAAAUAUCAACCUAGUACUUUACAACAUAUCUUAAGUGCUAUGAUGGUGUAGAUUGUUGCGUUCUAUUUUGCUUAGCUGUUCAAAGCAAUUUCACUUACAAA